AUGACGUCGUCGCCGCCGCCGUACUCGACGGCGCACGUGGACAACUGCGCGCUCGGCGCGUGGUACCACCAGCUAAAGCACGUGGCUAUCAAGAGCGUCAUUGUGGAUCUGCCGCCCGAGUUUGUGUCGGUGCUACUUGCGGACGGCGUGACGCUGCCACAAGCUCCAGUGUCGUCUGACGUAAACGAACCCGAGGAAGACGCCGUAGACGAUAGCGUUACUUCACUCUCCGCCACCCAGCGACGCGCGAUUGCGACCGUUCGAGCGCGCGUGGAGCACGUUCUGGACGAGUUGGGAGGCAAAGCCUUUGUCAAGACCAAGUGGAGCGCGCCCCGGGACGCGGCGUGGAUGCUCGGGACGCUGAAGUGCACGAGCUUCGACGACGUGUUCCUGUUACUUCAGGCGUCCGACUUUAUCGUGCACGACCUCACGGAACCUUAUGCUGGUUGUACGCUUGAUAGCAGUAACAGCGACCACGAGACGACGCGGACUCGCUCGGGGAGCUACUUGGUGCUCAAGAAAUGGUGCAACUUGCUGGACUCGAUGCUGUUCCGGUGCUUUGUCGUUGGGCAUCGUCUCGUAGCAGUGUCGCAACGCAAUUGCAACGAGUUCUUUGCCUUCCUCGUCGAGCAGCAAGAAGCGUUCUGUGACCUGCUGCAUGCGUUCUACGCGACAAACUUCCGGACACGAGGAGGCGAGACGUUUGUAUUUCCAGACCCCGACUACAGCUUUGACGUGUACAUUGACAAACGUCGACGCGUGUAUCUCUUGGACAUCAACGUCUUUGGCAGUGUCACGGACACGCUGCUCUUCUCGUGGGAGGACUUGAUGGAGUUCCAGACAGAGGCGCCAGCAAGACCACAGGACGUCGAAGACGAGCAGCACACGAUCGAUUUCCGCGUGGUCGAGUCGGAGCAGGGUAUCCGCACAAACCCGCUGAGCGAGUAUCGUGCACCGACUGAUCUAGUGCAGCAUCUGGCUGGAGGUGCUGGCUUUGACGCCUUUAUCGAGCAAGUCAAGCGCGACAACGCCACUCACGGCAACAACGAUCAGUGA